CCGUAUGUUUUUGAUUGCCUUUUACGACAAGGCACACUGAGCCCACCCAUGCCCCUCCUCUCUUCCUCGCCAUCCUUCCUAGAUACCUGUCAAACACUUAGCCACACAGUUCAUCCCGCCACCUGCAAAAAUGAGGAUUUAAAUCGCAAUUUCUCGAGGCAACCGAAUUCGCGCCGGCUGACUUGAGCCCCUGCUUGGAUGAUGAUGGCUGGUUCGAGACACCCGAGGCUAUGGAGAGUCGUGCUUCUCCUGACCGUAUGCUACCAAGUCGGGCUCUCAGGCAGAUACGGUUGUCUGUUUGAGAAGAGGCUGUGUGCCAGGGAUCAGCUCUGUUCAGAUGACAGGUUGUUUGGGCAGUGUUUGAACUCCCCACAGGAGCGGGUCCAGUACCAGCUCACGGUGCCCAUUCUACAGAGACUACAGCAGGUCCUCAAGGAGCUGAUGAUGCAAGGUCUCUCGUGGCAUAAUGACAUCACUCAGUACAUCAUCGCUAAGGAGCUGGGCAGAGUUCCCCGUGCUGGCACUGUGAAAGGCCAGAAAACAGCGUCGCAAGCUGUUCCAUCUGCCUCUAAAGGGUCCAGCUCUAAAGGCGGGAGCACUCAGCCACAGAACUAUGUUGACUACAUGAUAGUGGACCCACCCCAGAGCUCCAUGCAUAUGCAAGCCAUACCACUAGACCCCUACACCUACCACCAGCAUGGUUACCAUGACGACUCAGAGGGUGGGAUCCCCUCCAUGGGUUCGCACCCCCGCGUCUCCUCUUCCUCCUCCUCCUCCUCUUCCUCUUCCUCGCGCUCAGGAGUCUCCCAGCAGCAGCAGCAGAGGGAGCGCGAGCGCGAGCGUCAACUCCUGCAGGACGUGCUCUCCCACCUCCUGUCGUCCGCGCAGCCCUCCUUUCGCCACCGGGGGGCAGCAGCGCUCCCGGCUGCGCCCUACUACGAAGACCUGGACCUGCUGCCGGACUACGCCGACCAGUACCAGCAGCCCGUCAGCCGACCCCGCGUCCAACAGCGGCCUCCCGUCGACCACUACAGCUCGCCCUCGGGGAUAGAUGAUGAGACUCUGGCCCGGAUGGCUGCCGUGUUGGAGAAGAUAGGUGUGGACCCCCGAGAGUUGAGUCCCCAGCAGCUCUACAAACUCUCUGUAGCACUACAGCAGAAACAACAGGGCCAGCAGAAAAACACAGAUAAGUUUCCACUAAGUGCUGCCAUCACUCUGAAGGAGUCUGAGCUGGAAGAAAACAGUGACACACAGACGCAGAGGGCGGACAGUCGGGGCCCUGCGUCCACAGCCCCCCAGACCUCCACCAGCACCAGCACCACCACGCCGGCCCCCCCACUGACCACUGCCUCGGGGGUCGCGGCCAGGCCCGGGGUGGCCAUGGUGGACAUGGAGCUGAUCGAGAAAGGACUGAAAGUGGAGGACCCAGUGCAUGCUAGGGAGGAGUACGGCUACAUAGUCACCAACCAGAGUCCCCUGAGCCUAAAUGAUGGUUUUCGUCUGCUGGAGACACUUGCACGGAGGAUCCACCUCAGCACCAGCAGUUUCAUCAAGAUCAGUGUGAUUGGGCCCGCUUUAACGUUCCGCAUUCGCCAGAACUCCCAGAACAUGAGCGCGGGGGACGUGGCCAACAAAGCAGUGGCUGAGAAGAACUUUCUGGAAGGCGAAACGGAGCUGAAAAUUAUACAGACUGGAGUUGGAGAGAGGAGCGAGGGCCGUCGGUUGCCGCAGGCGACGAGGAUGGGCGAGAGCUCCCGCGGCAUGGUCCUGGGGCUGGUUGCCAUGGCGUGCGUGGGCGGAGUCCUGGUGGUGGCGAUGGGCGUGGCCUGUUUCCGUUACCACGGACGCCAGCUGGAGGAGCGCAAGCUCGGCCUGGGACCAGAGGGGGGCGCUGAAACACACUUCGACUACCAGGAGUUGUGUCGCCAGCACAUGGCGGCGAAGUCCUCGUGCGGGCGCUCGGAGGCGGGCGGUCGGCGUGGCACGGACACGUCGCGCGUGAGCAGCGUGUCGUCUCAGUUCAGCGACGGACCCCAGCACAGCCCCAGCUCUCACAGCAGCACCCCCUCAUGGAGCGAGGAGCCCGCGCAGUCCAACAUGGACAUCUCCACUGGACACAUGAUACUGGCCUACAUGGAGGACCACCUGAAGAAUAAGGACCGUCUGCAGAAGGAGUGGGAGGCGCUGUGCUCCUACCAGGCCGAGCCCAGCUCCACCUCCGUGGCCCAGAGUGAGCCCAACCUGGACAAGAACCGCUACCAGGACUUUGUGCCCUAUGACCAUGCCCGUGUGAAGCUGAAGCCAGAGAAUAACCCCAGCAAGGAGGACUACAUCAACGCCAGCAUCAUCAUCGACCACGACCCGCGCAUGCCAGCUUACAUCGCCACCCAGGGGCCAAUGGAGCACACCAUCGCUGACUUCUGGCAGAUGGUUUGGGAGAACGGGUGCACUGUGAUAGUGAUGAUGACGGCCCUGGUGGAGGAGGGAACAAAACAGUGUGAGCGCUACUGGCCCGACGAAGGCUCAUCACUCUAUAACAUCUACGAGGUGAACCUGGUGUCUGAGCACAUCUGGUGUAAGGACUUCCUGGUGCGGAGCUUCUACCUGAAGAACGUGCAGACGCAGGAGACGCGCACACUCACCCAGUUCCACCUCCUCAGCUGGCCCUGCCAGGGCAUCCCCUCCUCCACACGCCCCCUGCUGGACUUCCGCAGGAAGGUGAAUAAGUGCUACAGGGGUCGCUCCUGUCCCAUCAUCGUCCACUGCAGCAAUGGAACGGGCAGAACUGGAACUUACAUUCUCAUCGACAUGGUGCUGAACCGCAUGGCUAAAGGAGUAAAAGAGAUUGACAUUGCUGCAACACUGGAACACAUCCGUGAUCAGAGAGCAAACAUGGUUCGCACUAAGGACCAGUUUGAGUUUGCCCUGACGGCCGUGGCAGAGGAGGUCAAUGCCAUCCUGAAGGCCCUCCCGCAGUGAGACCCAUCCAUGCCAGCUGGCACACCACCCCUCUGUGCCAUACGCCCCCUGUGUGCCCGCAGACCCACCC